CAGAUGACCCAUAUUCGAACCUGAGAUUGACUUCAUCAAGACAAUCUUUAUGAGCAAAUUUCACAAAUAUCCAGUGGAAAAUGCAGCCCCUAUUGCAUGCACAAUGAUUUUCUUUGUUUUUGACCGGGUAACCUAGUUUUUGAACCUAGAUACAAUAUAUCAAACUUGACCUCGAUUUCAUCAAGACAAUCUUUCUGAUCAAAUUUCAUGAAUAUCUAGUGUAAAAUGCAGCCCCUAUCGCAUACCCAAGGGUUUUCUUUGAUUUGACUUAGUGUUCUAGUUUUUGAUCCCGGCUGACCUAUAAUCGAACUUCACCUAGACUUCAUCGUGGCAAUUUUCCUGAUUAAAUUUCAUGAAUAUCCAGUGAAAAAAUGCAGCCACUAUAGCACACACCAGGUUUUUCUUUGAUUUGACCGAGUGACCUAUUUUGUUUUUCACCAGAUGACCUAUAGACAAAAUUUACCUAAAUUUAAUCAAGACAAACAACCUUAUCAAAUUCCACGAAAUCCAGAGAAAAAUACAGCCCCUAUUGCAUACACAAGGUUUUUUCUUUGAUUUGACCAGGUGACCUAGAUUUUAUCAAGACAAAUAUUCUCAUCAAAUUUCAUGAAGAUCCAGUGAAAUAUGUAGUCUCUAUUGCAUACAUAUUUGAUUUUACCGGAUGACUUAGUUUUUGACCCCAGAUAACCAUAUUGAAACUUGAUCUAGAUUUCAUCAAGGCAUACAUUCUGAUCAAAUUUCAUAAAGAUCCAGGGUAAAAUGCAGCCCCCUAUUGCAUACACAACGUUUUUCUUUGAUUUGACCCAGUGACAUAGUUUUUUACCCCAGAUGACCAAUAUUCGAACUUGACAUCGAUUUUAUCAAGCCAACCAUUUCUGAUCAAAUUUCAUGAGCAUCAAGUAAAAAUGCAGCCUCUAUUCCAUGCAUAAGUUAUGUGUGAACAGACGACAGACGACGGAUAUCUCACCUGAGAUUGCUCAAGUGAGCUAAAAAAACAGCCCCUAUUGCAUACACAGGUUUUUCUUUGAUUCGACCAGGUGACCUAGUUAUUGACUCCAGAUGACCUAUAUUCAAACUUGACCUAGAUUUGAUCAAAUUUCAUGAAUUCCAGUAAAUCAUGCAGCCCCUACUGCAUACACGAGGUUUUUCUUUGAUUUGACCUAGUGACAUAGUUUUUUUACCCCAGAUAACCAAUAUUCGAACGUGACCUAGAUUUUAUCAAAGAAUUCUGAUCAAACUUCAUGAAGAUCAAGUAAAAAUGCAGCCUCUAUUGCAUACACAAGAUAAGUGCGGACUGACGGCGGACAUCGAGCGAUCACAAUAACUGCUCAGGUAAGCUAUAACAAACCACCGCUUCAAAAAUCUCUUCACAGUAAAUGGAAAAUCUUUAACAACCACAAACGUUGAGACCGGAAUGUUGUUGGCUGGAACAUGAUAAGUACAAUGUAUUUAAAUAUGUUGAUAAAUAGUAGAGAAAAAAAACAACAAAUACCUUCUAGCACAUGGGCGCAGUCAUUAAGGUGAGCACCAAGUACUACGUGAUCACCAACCCUGAAAUCGCGCGCACUGUAAAAACUUCAGCCAAAAUGAUCUAAAGUACAUAUGUUUAAAUUAUAAUAUUUAUCUAUUCCAAACCAGUUUUAAAUUGCACAUGAUUUGUAUUGCCAAUUUAAUAAGUAACUUUGUACUGUGUUAAGAAGGAUACAUAAUGUACAUAACGACUUUAAUAAUACAAGUGUAUCAAACUCAUGAUUUGAAUAUUUACUCUGUCAAUACUGAGUGUGUUACCGCCUCAAAAGAAGAAGUCUAAGGGAUACAUCGAAGUUAUACACUGACCGAGAUCCAGUGUUGAUUUUACAGUUAAAUCACGUGACUUGUGCCUUUGUAUCGGAAAUGUUUUUAAAAACAAUGUACAUUUUCUGGAUAAUUAUCAACAUUCCAAUUUUCAUACAGGGUUUAACAGAGAAGUGUAUAGACGGAAACAUAUGCCCUAGCAGCAAACCAUUUUGUACACCUGUAGGCUGUACAUUUCAAUGUCCGGAAAAUUCAUUCAGUAACGGAACUAAGUGCGUACAAAACUGCGGGUCACAAUUCGUUUUUAAUCAUACCUGCAUCGAAGUAUGCCCUGAUCAGUUUCGAUAUGUAGAGGAGGAAAUUGCUUUACUGAAUGACUUCGCGAUAGUGAGACACUGUCGCCACGAGUGCCCCACUAAUAAAUUUGUUUAUAAUGGAACAUGCGUACAUUCUUGUCCAGAAAAUGCAAAUUUUGUAGAAGACGGAGAAUGUACGUCAUCGUGUUCGAGUCAAAAAACUGUUUACCGCAGCAUCUCGAAAAAUGGCAUAACAGUUGGGAAAGAAUGCCUUAAGAAUUGUUACGAGUCACCGCUUCAUCCAUUCCAAGAAGGUGUGGAAUGUGUUCCUAAAUGUGGAAAUAACUACUUUGUUUCUAACAGAGCAUGUGUUUUGAAGUGUCCUAUAGAUUCCAGUCUUGUGUUUAAUCUUUCGCUCUGUGUUAAGAUACAUAUGUUUAAUAUAAACUGGCCUGAACAAAAUUACUGCACACAAACUUGUCCACAGAAUAUGUAUCUUAGUAACUCAACAUGUGUUGAUACAUGCCCGACCGAUGCCUUAUACACUUUAAACAAAGAGUGUUUGAAAACGUGUCCGGACAGCUAUCGCUAUGAAUGUACAAAAAUGUAUGAGCAUUGCUACAAUGACUCAAGUCCUAAAUGUUUUUACAUCAGUUGCUGCAAUGAGUGUCCUGACGGCAUGAAAGUUGAUAUAAAGAAUUCAGUAUGUGUUACCGAUUGCCCACAAGAUAUGAAAGCAUACGACAAGAAAUGCGUGUCCGACUGUCUAGAUGGAUCUUUCUUUAAUUCACCGGGUUCCUCUCAAUGCACAAGAACAUGUGAAAACUUUAUACUCGGCGAUACUUGCGUUGAUGAUUGUCCAAAUUAUGUCUUCAACAGAACGUGUGUAGAUAUUUGUCCUUUUGGAUACAAUAUGACAAAUGGGACAUUAUGUGUUGCCGACUGUCCGCCGCCAUCUUGCUCACCUGUAAAAGGUCAGAAUUGCUCCAAUCACUGCUUCUUUGAACCUUAUUCAAAAAUGUGGGUCAACAGUUGUCCUGAAAAUAUGCCCUAUAUCUUCAAUAAUGUAACGCUUACCGUUUGUGUGGCACAUUGUCCAAACGGAUAUAUAAUAGAUGGCUUCAAAUGCAUUCUUGUUCAUGAAUGUGAGAGGGCAGUUUUAUCAAAAGGUCAAUGCCUAGAUUCCUGUCCAGUUGGGUACCUGAUAUUCGAUGUCAGUCAGGCUGAUAAAUACUCAUCUGAAGAUGAAAGUGAUGAUCCCUGCGUACCAGAAUCAAAUGUAUACGCGUUUGUGGCUAUGUUUGGUUUCUAUUUGUUGUUUUACGGCAUAUUUCUCUUGUUUUAUUUUUGCAGCGGAUGUUUCUGUAUGAACAGAUAUAAUCGAACAAAUAAGCAGGUAAGCAUUGUUAUUAUGUGAACUAAAUAGCUUAACCAAAGCUUUGAUCCGACCCCGUUCCAGCAAUAAAAAUGCGACCACUCUAUUAACGGCGUUACUUGCGGCCAUUCUAAUAACGGCGAUUCUGUUUCGAGUUAAAACUAAUUAUAAGACCAUUACAAAAUCGGUGAGAGAGGAUGGAAGCGUUAGGUUUUCAGCCGAGGAUAACUGUUUUGGCGGUGACGAGACUCUCUGCCCCGUCACCCCUAAAACAAUUGCUCGAGAGCCGGAUAUUCCCAUCUGUAUCUACAACCAAUGGUAGCCUGAUUAUUUUUCUUGCAUACCGUUUUUACGUAAUUAUAGAAUAAGCAAAGCAAAACGAAAUACUUCUUUUGUAUAGUAGCGUAUUUAAACAAAGCACGGGAAAUUAAUGUCAAAAGUUCUAGUUUAGUUUUACCGUUUGUAACGUAACUUUAUGUUUUUACCGUAAAAAAAAACAAAACUUAUUUUGGGUGGAUCUUUUUGGUUGUACUGUCUUUUAUUGUAAAGUUUAAUAGGCGUCGAAUACUUAACAUGUGAUUUUUUAUAUCUAUACUGUAAAAGGUACAUCUAAAUAUAAGUUAAUUGUCAUUUCUUGCCAAUUGGGACUUCUGGCACAUCCGUGAUCAUCCGAUUAUCGCUACUAGUAGCGCGCUUUUUGGAUUUACCAAAGGCCUAAGAUGUUUUACAUCUGAAUAAACACAAAGGAAUAACAUUCAAGCCUUAGUUAUUACAAUGUUUUGUUUGAUCAGAAAUGUGUAGGAACAGUUAAUGUGAUCGAAGUGAGCUAAUUUGACGGCUGUA